AUUUCACAAGCCAUGCCUUCGAUAACAGAAGAGGUAUCUAUCGGAGACUUAGGCAGUCUCCAAACACUUCCGGAAUCAUUCACCUGGAAACUCACCGGAGCUGACUCCGUUCUCUCUCCCUCCUCUGAAACAGUGGAAGAGUCCAUUCCGCUCAUCGACCUCUCCGAUCCUGACGUUACCACUCUGUUAGGAAAUGCGUGCAAGACAUGGGGAGCGUUUCAGAUAGCUAACCAUGGCAUUUCUCAGAAGCUCCUUGACGAUAUCGAGUCUCUCUCCAAAACCUUUUUCGAUAUGCCGUCAGAGAAGAAGCUCGAGGCGGCUUCCUCCGAUAAAGGAGUUAGUGGCUACGGGGAACCUCGAAUCUCUCUUUUCUUCAAGAAGAAAAUGUGGUCCGAAGGAUUCACUAUCGCCGAUGGCUCCUACCGCAACCAUUUCCUUUCUCUUUGGCCGCACGAUUUCACCAAAUACUGCGGAAUAAUCGAAGAAUACGAGGGCGAAAUGGAAAAGUUAGCGAGCAGACUUCUGUGUUGCAUAUUGGGCUCACUUGGUGUCACCGUGGACGACAUUGAAUGGGCUUACAAGGCCAAGAACUCUGGAUCAAAAGUGGGUCGACGUGCCAUACGACUAAACCAUUACCCGGUUUGUCCAGAACCAGAAAGAGCCAUAGGUCUAGCCGCUCAUACCGACUCCACUAUCCUAACCAUUCUGCACCAGAGCAACAUGGGAGGGCUACAAGUGUUUAGAGAAGAGUGCGGUUGGGUUACAGUAGAGCCGGUUCCCGGUGCUCUCGUGGUCAACAUUGGUGACCUCUUUCACAUUUUAUCGAACGGGAAAAUCCCGAGUGUGAUUCACCGAGCGAGAGUUAACCAUAACCGGUCAAGAAUUUCGAUAGCGUAUCUGUGGGGUGGUCCAGCUGGUGAUGUGGAGAUAAGACCUAUAUCCAAGAUAGUUGGUCCGGUUGGACCGUCUCUAUACCGGCCAAUUACUUGGAAUGAAUAUCUCCGAAUCAAAUAUCAGGUUUUCGACAAGGCAUUGGACGCAAUUAGGGUCGUUAAUCCCACCAAUUGAAUCUCGUUUUCCAAAUUUCCUUGAAUAAAAUAAAGUUGUCUCCCGAUCAUAUAAAAAAAAACAAAGAGUUGUGUUAU